AUGCGGUUCUCUGUUUCUCAACUGCUGCUUGGCCUCUCCUGCCUCAGCACCGCAGUACUGGCCAGCUCCGAGAGCCUGUUCAUACCACACGCACAGAUAGAAGAUAGCGACUCUGCAUUCCGCAACAAUGCCAGCAUCGAGACUGGUGCGGAUCCGUUCGAUCUCAACGGCCUCGAGAAGCGCCAGAGAACCUACUGUCCCAGCGGCACGCGGCUUUGCCAGUCAUCCGGUCGGUGUUGCCCUUCACCCUCUGACGGCUGUUGCAGUGGCUCCGGGGCCUGCGUGCAGUCGUCCAAGCAUAGGUGCUGCUCAGCCGGCCAUGUAUGCGAAAAGCCCAAGGAGUGCUGCCAUGAUAGAUGCAUGUUAGCAGGCGCGUCAUGCUGUCGCGCCGGCAACGCCUGCAAAGCCGGAUACAACUGCGUCGUCGUAGACGGCGAGUCGGGCUGCUGUCCUACCUCUGGCUGUUACCGCAGCACUCAGGUGAUCUACUGGUACUACUACGUGUACUGGUACAUCGAGGUGUACUGGGAGAUCCGGGUCGAGGUCACGACGAGUACGCUGUCCCUGACCUCGUCGCGAGAGACCACGUCGAGUACUGUUUCGAUUACGGCGUCGAAUUCUGCGUCCGCGAGCUCCAUCUUUGAGAGUUAUAGUUCGAGUCUGUCCUCUGAGGCGCAAACAACCCCGGAUCUGUCUAGUAUUUCUACGUCGACGACUACGUCCAGUUCGUCGACGCGGUCGUCUACCAGGACUACCUCCACCUCCACCUCCGACUCCGACUCAGACUCUGACCCGACCGAAUCCAGUGACGAUGACUCGGAGCCCACUGCCAGUGCCACUGCCGACUCUGGAGGAAACGAAAACGGUCCUCAAUCUGGGGAUGACGUUCCACCUGGAGACGUUGGUGCAGCCGCCGCAUUCUCCUCUCACAGUCUUUGGGCGUAUAUUUCCCUUGCUGGGCUGUCUUUCACUAUGAUGCUGGCUUUGUAA